UCGCCGUUUCAGAUGUAAGAAAAAGUUACUCGUGGUUAGAUCGAUCGUGUUUAAGAUACUCAGACGGAAGUGAAGAAAAAAAUAUAUUAAAAUACAUCCAGUUGAAAAAUAAAAAUAGUGAUAAAAGAUUUAUAUACUACCGGAAAAAUUGUGGAUUAUAAAAAAGCAAAAUUGAUUAACCAGUCAUAAGGAUUUAAAAAUAAUAAAACAAAAGCAAUAUUAAAAACCCAUUCAGAAUGAUUAAUCAAAGACAACUUACCGGAUGGACCUAUCUUACCAUUCUCAUUGUCCACUGCACAAUGAUGACAUUUGCAUAUCCACAAACAGAAAUGAUUAUGCCACGUCGCAUGGAUUUUUCAACACAAAUUCAACCAGAGCCAUCAAAUCAAUUAGCACCUGUAUAUCGUGCUGACCAGCAACAGCAACAGCCACAGUACCAACAACAACAGCAAGAUUCUAGAAAAUUUGCCGUCAAGCCAAAUCACUCGAAGAAAGUAGAACUCGAUGAUGUGGAGAACGAUAUUGAGGCCAAUCAAUUGCCCGAGGGUAAUGGUGCAAGUUUUACAUGGUCAAAUAUGUUAUCGACAUUUUUACAAAUGUUCUUUAAUGGUGGUGCAGCAGGUGGUGGUGCAUUAGUUGGGCCAAAUAAAUCUGAUGAUGUUGAUAAUGUUGGAGGCUUUGGACAAUCACCAUGGGCUAAUGUUAUUUCAGUUGGUUUGAAGAUUAUCAAUACACUUUUGGGCGGUGGUGCACCAAGUGAUGGAAUUGACAAAGUCGACAAUGGAUCUCCAAUGCAGGGUAUCUUAGCCGCGGUACUAUCAUCAGUUCUUGGCACCAAAGAUCCGGAACAAGUGAAUUCGAUGGCCAAACAAGCUGGCGAGUUUAUUAACAUUGUUAUGAAUCUAUUGGAUGCACUCAAGACCUCAUUCUCACAUCGGUCGUUGGCAGCUCGUUCAAUUGGCAAAAGGGACUCGAUGAGUGAUGCCACUGUUGCUGGUAUUUCUAUGUUGAAAGGAUAUGUGAGGACUUAUCGUAAUGCCGAAGACAAAUGUAUGCAAAAAUAUAUUUGUGACGCCAAUACAGAAUGUGUUAAGGAAAUUGGUGGAACAAGCAUUUUCUGUCAACUGGGAACUUACGCAACAAGUUUGAUCCUUGAACGAACAAGUGGAAGUCAAUUUGAGAAUCUUUAUGAUGCUGGAAAACGUGGACGAUCUGGUUUGGAUUGCAGUCAACUUUUCUUAGAAUGCAAUGAAGUCUAAGGAGCCACAUUGAAGUGAUUUUGAUUGUUUAAUUUACAAAAGGAAACUAUUUAUAAUUUUUUUUCGACUGGGGUAACAUUUUACGUGUGAUUUGCUGCCACUUUUAGCUAGCUAAUCAUGUGUUCAUAGUGUUUUAAAUUAGAUUUUUAAGAUUAGCUUAAGUUUUUAGUUAAUUUAUUUUAAAAGAACUUCUAUUUAUUUAAUUUAUUUGAACAAAAAACAAA